AUGCGCCGAUCCGUGUGGUUGUGUUGUGCAUACACGCCCAACCUCACCUCGCUGACGAAUCAGGCGAACCGCAAUGAGCGGCUGCGCAAGUGGGGUAGCGCGGGUACACCGCCGGGGAUUCCACGCAUCGCGCGGCUCGAGUCGAAGCCCAUCGCCGUUCUACACGAAUCACCGAAGGUGAUUCUGGCAGGGCGGAGUCGCUGCAACAACUUUCUAAGUAACCAGUACCUGCUGAUCAGCAAGGCCACAAAGCGGUGUAUGCUUAUCGAUGCGGCGGACGACUGGCCUGACGAUUGGGCCACCUUCAUAGCGUCCUCCUCAUUGAUGCUGACGCACAUAUUUCUCACACACUGUCACAUUGACAAUAUCAUCAACCUGAACGCCUUCCUAAGCAUCUGUGGUCGCGAGCAGCAGAAGCGGGAGGCCGCUAGUCGUAGCCCAGGUGAGGAUGCAGCUGGUAUCGAUGGCAGUGAGAGAAUAGGCAUUAUGUGGUGCCCCGCGGAAGAGUGUUGGGUGCAGAAUUUCGGUCGUGCUUGCGAGCGUUACUGUCGCUUUGAGGAAAUGCAAGCGGUGCUUCCAAUGAUGCGCCGGACUCUUUAUACCCCGCGUCAUCAGACGGAUCCUAUCGUGUCUGGCUUUUCUCGAAGCAGUAGCUCUCACUUCCGCCGAGAGGACGUGCUACUCUCUACCGCUACUAACCGCGCAACGUCCUUCAUUGACUUUGGUGACGGUGUGCUGCUGUACUACAUCUUCUCCCCGGGGCACUCCCCGGGCCACAUGAUGCUGCAUGUCCCCACAGAGAAACUUCUCUUCACGGGGGAUUUGCUCUUCUACAACACGGUGGGCCGUGUAGAUUUGCCGUGGGCGACAGGGACACGCCUAGCGGAGAGUCUGCGGCUCUUCGAGAACAUGCCAGAUAAUACUGUUGUGCUGCCGGGUCAUGGCCGCAUGACAACGUUGGGGCGGGAGCGGCGCGAGAACAAAGCGCUGCAGCACUGCUACCAGCGGCAUGACAUUGGGCAGCAGGAAGUGUCGAUCGGCUUCAAUGAAGGAUAUCUUUGA